AUGAUGUUACUCGCAGAGAAGCAAUUCAAAAAGACAAUUGAAGGUUGCCUAGAAUACCAAGGCAAUGGAACUUGUGAAUGGUUAUCGCGAGAGGACACUGCAAGUCCAACUGCUUUGCAGGAAGCAAUCACCACUACUUGUGUUAUUGACGCACACGAAGCUAAGGAAGGAGAAGAUUGUUUCUACAUGAAAAUCACUGGCAUGAUGGUCCAGAUAUUGAUUGACAUGGCCCCAGAGUAUCGCAAAUACGUUGUAUUAGAGAACGGAAAGUUUCAUGUUGACAAUCUUAUGUCCAGUCACAUGGACCCAAAAGUAAAUGACAAAUUUGCUAAGUGGUUGAACAUGAGAUAUGGUUCGAUCAAGGCAUGUACAAUCGUCAGAGGAAAGAUACACAGAUAUCUUGGAAUGACUUUGGAUUUCUCGGUGAAAGGAAAACUCAAGAUCCGCAUGGACGACUGUGUCAAGAACAUGUUCAACAAGGAUUCAAAACAGGAAACACCAGCUGGUAACGAUUUACUGGAAGGUGGUAAAGGGAAGCUACUCAGUGCUGAGUACCGUCAGAUCUUUCAUACUACUGUUGCAAGGGGACUUUAUGUCUCUAAGAGAGCUUGUUUGGAUAUCCAUCCAAUGAUUACUAUUCAGGAGAAAACGCAAAACAAAAUAAACAGUGAAUGA